AUGGACGACGACGACGAUCCCGUAGUGGCCGAAUACGAUGUCUACAUCACCCCCGAGACAGAGGCACAACAGCUCUAUGUUCUGCAGUACCUGAACCGCCCGCCUGACCAGCCCUUCACCAAGGCCACAGAGAGCAAGCCUUCGGAACUGCGCUUGAAAAAGGAAUCUGGCUUCAUCGAGGUCGAUGUCCCCAUCAACAUCCACACCAACUACAAUCGUGUCGCUGGUGUUCGCUGGGGGGAGGCCAUGCGCAAGACCAAGGGUUUUGGCCAGAAGGCUUUUGGUAUCGCAUCUGGAUUCGAGCGCACUAUGCCACGGGCCAGUAAUCGACCUGGCAUUGACGGUGCACCGCCACCACCCGUCACAGUGGAUGAUGAUAAUCUCGAGGAAUAUGUGAACAACUUUGAGGAUGCCAACGAAAAGGGCCAUGUGCUCAAUUCACAGACGUUUGGCGGACAGAUUACGAAGGACAACAGCAAGGGACCUAGUUACAUGCUAGGAACCUUUCGUGACGGUGGGUACCCUGCUCUAGCCAUGCUCUGA